UCUCAAAGAGAAACCAAGGACAGCAAUACGAUCCUAUGCGUGCAUGUCUACACGGAAGUAAAUUGAAUUGCGAUAGGAUGGGGCUUGCUCCCGGGGUAUACUGACUAACUAAAGUGUCUGAUAAAGGCAGUUUGACUCUCGAAAACUUGCUUGUUGCAAUUGUUAAAAUGUCCAGAACAAUGUUGAGUUCUCUUUGCAAAGGAUUUUUCCAGGAGAUUCUUCAGCAACCCUUUACUUUAGCCGGCAAAGAUUUUAAGCAGACCUGAGCCCUUCACAUCCACCCCGGCUCCAUCAAGUCGGAGGAAGGCGUUCAAACGCCUGGUAGCUCUAGGAGGAUCGGGUUUUGCAUUAGUCGAUCACAUGGUGAGAAGCGGAAACCGAGGAACUAGCCUCCCUAGGAAAUGGCAGGACGGAACCCUGCAGCGUUAUUAAAAGAUCAGGUUUUGCUGCAAACAGGCAGCCGGAUGCCAUUUAUCUUAAAAGAUAAUCCGUGGAGAUUAUGAAGCCCAUAAAGAAAGAAUCGGUGAGAAACGCCGGUGCAGAAAAGCAGAGGAAGAAACGGCUGUGGCAACUGAAACGGGGAUCUGCUGCGCCGGGACGCGAGUGAUCAAAUUUGGAUGUGAGGGGGGGGAAAGUCUGUUGGUUCUCCGUGGAUUUCGGAAAAGAAAAUGGAGGCAGCAGAACUUGUUCAGGCACAGGUGGCCUUUGAGGAUGUAGCCGUAUAUUUCACAGAAGGGCAGUGGGCUUUGCUGGAUCCAAAUCAAAGAGCUUUAUACCAGGAUGUCAUGCAGGAGAAUUAUGAGAAUGUGGCUUCCUUAGGGUUUCCUGUUCUCGAACCUGACUUGAUCUCCCGGCUUCAACGAGGGGAAGAGCCAUGGAUUUCGGAUCAGCCAGGCUUGGAGGGAAAUGUCAUCCCGUCAGAUUACAAUUCAGGGUUUCCUGAUGUGAUUAUAAAGCUAGAAGAAGAGGAAGAACCAUGUACCCUGGAAAUCCAUGAAGAAAACAACGCCUUCUCAGGUACCUCCUUAGAGAUUUCUGAUGCAGUGAUCAAAGUGGAAAAAGAAGAAGAGCUUUGGGUUCCAGUUGGUCCUGUCUCCAGGGAAAGCAAGCCUUCUCCAGGACUUGUAAAAGGUGAAGAGAAUCUUCUGUCAAAAGAUCUAAAGCAAGUUGAAUGCAAUGGGAUGUCAUUUGGAAUUGUCAAAGAGAGAAGCUUCCAUUGCCUCAGAAAGGGAGAUACCUAUGAGAGUCUGUUCUGUACAAAGGGGCAGGAGGGAAUCCACGAGAGAAAGAGACCAGGAAAAAUGUUACCUGAGACAAGUGAUACUGAAGUCAGUGAAGUUGAAAUACAGAAGAGGAUCAAAGAGUCUCUCCUUAUUAUACAUGAGAGAAGGCAUGCAGGAGAAAAACCAUAUAAGUGUGUUGAUUGUGGGAAAAGCUUCAAUCAAAGAACAACUCUCAUUAAUCAUGAAAGAAUUCAUUCAGGAGAGAAGCCGUAUCAGUGUUCCAUUUGUGGGAAAAGCUUUAGCCAGUCAGCAAACCUAACUAAACAUAAAAUAAUUCAUACAGGUGAGAAACCAUAUACCUGCUCAGUUUGUGGGAAAAGCUUCAGUCAAAGGUCCUACCUUAUUAGCCAUGAAGGAAGCCAUACAGGAGUAAAACCAUUUUCAUGCUCAGUUUGUGGGAAAAGCUACUACUGGAGAUCACUUCUUAUCGAACAUGAGAGAAUCCAUACAGGACCUAAACCGUAUACAUGUUUAGACUGUGGCAAGAGCUUUAAUUGGAGAAAUCACCUGUUUAUUCAUAGAAGGAACCAUACAGGAGAGAAACCAUAUAAAUGUUCCCAGUGUGGAAAGAGCUUCAGUCAGAGUUCAGCCCUUUUUGCACAUGAGAGAACCCACUCAGAAGAGAAACCACAUCAGUGCUCAAUCUGUGGUAAACGCUUCAAAGGACGAUCAAACCUUCUUAUUCAUGAAGGAAGCCAUGCAGGAAUAAAACCAUAUACCUGCUCACUCUGUGGAAAAAGUUUCAGUCAAAGAUCAAACCUUAUUACCCAUGAGGGAACCCACACAGGAGAAAAACUAUACCCAUGUUCAAUUUGUGGGAAAAGCUUCAGCCAAAGAACAAACUUGAUUAGUCAUGAAAGGAUACACACAAAAGAAAAACCAUAUCCGUGUUCAAUUUGUGGGGAAAGCUUCAAUCAGAAAUCAAACCUGAUCAGUCAUGAAAGGAUCCACACGAAAGAAAAACCAUAUGCAUGUUCAGUGUGUGGGAAGAGCUUCAAUCAAAGAUCAAACCUUAUAACACAUGGAAAAACACACACAGCAGAGAAACCAUAUAUGUGCUUCAUCUGUGGUAGAAGUUUCAAACACAGAUCAAGCCUUGUUAGUCAUAAGCGAAUCCACACAGAAGAAAAACCGUAUGUUUGCACUGUCUGUGGUAAAAGUUUCAGUCAGCAGUCAGGGCUGAUAACACAUGGCAGAACCCACACUGAAGAAAAGCCAUAUACGUGUUCAAUCUGUGGUAAAUUUUUCAGACAGAGAUCAGGUCUGAUUACACAUGAGGGAAUGCACAAUGGAGAAAAACCUUAUGUGUGCUUAAUCUGCAGGAAACCAUUUGGGCAAAGAUCAAGGCUUCUUAGUCAUGAGAGAAUCCACACAGAUGAAAAACCAUACAGAUGCUCAGUCUGUGGUAAAAGCUUCAAGCAGAGAUCCAACCUCACUACUCAUGAGAGAACUCACACAGGGGAAAAACCGUAUGCAUGUUCAAUCUGUGGAAAGAGUUUCAGUCAAAGAGCAACUCAUCUUAGGCAUGAAAAAAUCCAUACAGAAGAAAAACCUCAUACAUGCACAGUCUGUGGUAAAAGCUUCAGUCGUAAAACAAAUCUUUUUACUCAUGAGCGAAUCCAUUCUGGAGAGAAGCCGUAUAAAUGCUUUGAAUGUGGAAAGCACUUCAGUGACAGUUCUAGCUUGAUUACACAUAGGAGAACCCAUACAGGGGAGAAACUGUGUAAAUGCAUCAGCUGUGACAAAAGCUUUACUAAAAGAUCACAGCUACUUACUCAUGAAAGAACCCAUACUGGGGAGAAGCCCUAUAAAUGUUCAUUCUGUGGUAAAAGCUUCACACAGACAUCAAACCUUAAUAGACAUGAGAAGACCCACACUGGGGAGAAACCAUAUUCAUGCUCCAACUGUGGUGAAAGCAGUGCUUUUUUUCUAAAAAAAUGUUUAAGGGUACUCUCAGUUUGACACAAGAAAAUUACCAUUACCAAAUCGGAAAAAAAAAUGCAGUCAAUGGACAAAAUUACUAAGAACAUGCAUUACCUCAUAUUACACAGCUCACAAUAACUUCCAGAUUGGCAUGAAGUUGUGUUCCCUAACAUCUUCCCGAUUCCUCUGCUUGCUUUUGGCAUCCAUCGCCAGAUGUUGUCCUUUCAAAAACCAUGAAUUUACAUACACUGAAGGCUUAAACAAACUCAAAGGGGGGCCUACCAAUUUUAUAAACAUUAAGUUUGCUACAGUGCUUAAAAUGCAAUGAAGCUCUUGUUGGAGUCACUAUUAAAUUGCAUUUAAAAGAGGCAUAAGAGAUGAUGGAACCUUCUUUUCUGAAAGAUACUCUCAAAAACUCCUUAGGAUUUGUCUAUCGGGAAGUCCAAAUCUUUCACACAAGUUCAUUUUUUCUGUUUCACCAAAGGUUAAAGGAGGAUUAUCUGGCCAAAUUUUACAAUCCAGCACCUUGGCCCAUUGUGGAAUUUCAGCAUCUUCUCUUGCUAAAAGUCAGCUCUCCAUAUGGGCUUUCAGACUGUCAUAGAGUUUUACUGGAUCAAUACGAUUUCCCUGUCGCUGUCUUGCCCCGUUUUCCAGUGAAACUCCUCUAAGUCCAAACUUUUUUCUGCUUUUAAGGCUUCCAGCUAAUGUCCCAUGUUUGUCUUCCUUUCAUCUAACAAUUUAAGUUGAUUGGUUAUUUUUAUGUGAGCAGAGUAAAGUGUGAUACCAUGUGCUUGCAAUUCUGUACUAAGUUCUGCUAAUUCUUGAAGAACAUCACACAUCAAGGCAAGAUCUAAAAUGAAACUGAUAUUGGCGAUUUUUCGUAACAGUCCUUCAUACAAGCUUCGCUCAGUUCUGUCUCCAUUGUCAUCUACUUUAGCACUUUUGAAAUGGGCAACCAAAGCCUCAAAAUUUCGCCAUACAGCAGAAACACUUCUAAAACUGGAAGCAACCCAUCUAGUAUCUAAAAUCCUCCCAAUUCUUAAAAUUUCACUGUCAAGCUGUUCCGCAUGACAUUUUAAUUCCCUUGCAUUUUUAGGGGACUGGUGUACAGGUUAUCAAUAAACAAUUUGAAGUGG